UAAAAAAAGAAAAAAUCACAGGGAACACCAAAAACAACACACGCAACAAAAUCAACUAUGAAGCCAUAACAAUCAAAACCCAUUUAUGUUGGAUAGUGCUGUUUGGUGCUGCUUAGCUUGUGGUGUUUAUCAAAACCUUCUAAACUUGGCUUGCUGCAAACAAAGGAAUAGAAGAAAACUGGGUUUAUACUGUAUACAUACAAAUUAAUUUUACUCAGUUGUCACUGUAAUACAAGAUAAGUGAAACAGAAGACAUCAAAUGACAAAGAUCAUAAAAAGGAGCGCAUGCACCCACCCACACACACACACACACACACACACACACACAUUCACCCUUAAAGGGAAAUGUGUUAGAACUAUCAGCUCAUGUCAGUGAAUAGAAUUUCCAAAUAUACCCAGUGGUAACCUGAUUUUGAAGAUAACAUGCCUGUUCAGCUACCUAAACCUGCUGCACCAUCAUCUGCAGUAGAGCAACCAGGAUUUAUAGGUAGUAUGGAAAUAAUAAUAAUAACUGAGAUUGCAAAUAGCGCAGAUGAUUUUUUUGCAUUCACAGAAACUGGGCAACUUGCAGUUAUUAAGCUGACCAUGAUCUCCUCUGUAUAGUAUUUUAGGGUCAGAUGUGAGGCCAUCUGUCUGCUAGCUAUAGCUUGGUAGAAAUUGGUUCAUGCAACAUUACAAUGAUCCCAAACAAUACAGUCUCACGGCAUUUCGUGAUACAGUCACAAACUUUAAUCUAAUGAUUCGUGUUCAUAGAAUGGUUUCGUCUCCAUAGCAAUGGAGGCAAAGGAUCAUGGGAAAUGCUGACAGAAAUGUCAAAGGUAAUCUUUUACCCCACUUUUAUCAGAGAAUAUGGCAGAAAAUAUAUGGUUAGGGUUGGGGUAUAGGUUAUACUGUAAUAAAUGUGUGUGUCGCUAAUUAACGCGGUGUCCUUAAUGAACCAGGAGAAUAUAUUUACUGUAUUUUGUCUGGAACGAACCACUAACGAUGGUUUAUAAUAGCAAGUUGCUUACCGGAUAUAAAGCAAUAAAAACAGGGAUAAAAUCUUCUGCUGAAAUGUGCGCUUGAAUAUUAAAAUAUGAAUAACAAUGCGAAAAAACAAUACCGCAUCUGUGGUAUCCAGAAAGCAUACUUUGGCAGAGGCACCAAAAAUACUUCCUAUUGUACACUAAAUAGAAAGUCGUCCUCGGUGACAUGAAAAAAGAGGAAAAUUCGUGUCUAUUACCACGAAUCAAUAGAUUACAUUUCAUGACUAUAUCACGAAAUGCCGUGAGACUGGGCUGUCCCAAACAUACAACAGCAUGGCUUAAAAAACUUUUUUUAUUUUUUUAUUUUUUAUAAAACUAUUUUAUUUUUAUUCUUUAGUUUAUUCUGAUACAAUUUCACACAGAACCCCAAAAAAGAUGCACUGGACAAAAGUAUUGGCACCCUCAACUUAAUAUUUGGUAGCACUACCUUUGAAAAAAACCUCAGUCACUAAAAUCAAUCACUUCCUGUAACCAUGAAUGAGUUUCAUACAUCUUUACUGGAAUUUUGGACCACUCUUCUUUUCCAAACUGUUCCAAGUCAUUCAGAUUUGAAGGAUGCAUUCUUCCAAUUGCUGAGAUCUCUUCACAGAUGUUCUAUGGGAAUACGAUCUGGACUCUGCUAGCCAUUUCAGAAAUCUUCAGCACUUUGUUUGUUACCAUUUCUGAGUGCAUUUUGGUCAUUGUCCUGCUGGAAGACCCAUGACCUCUGGUGGACCUUUCUGACACUACGCCACUAUGUUGUGCCCCAAAAUUCGUUGUUAAUCAACAGAUUUCAUGAUACCAUUCACACAGUCAAGGCAUCCAGUGCAAGAAGCAGCAAAGCAACCCCAAAACAUCUUUGAAUCUCCACCAUGUUUGACUGUAGGGGCUGUUGAAUUUAUUUUUCUGUAAACAGUGUUAUGUCCUUUAUCAAAAAGCUUAACUUUUGUCUCAUCUGUCCACAGAUGAGUAUGCCUUUGUGUCAGUAGUGGUGUCCUCCUGGUUCUCCAACCAUAGCGUCCCUUUUUAUUCAGAUGGUACGAGCUGACAGUGUUGUACCCUGUGUCUGCAGAUCAGCUUGAAUUUGUUUGGAAGUUAUUCAUGGGUCUUUAUCCAUCAUACGAACAAUCCUUUGUUGUAAUUCCUCAUAUAUUUUUCUUAUAAAUGUUCAGGGAGAUUAGCUACACUGCCAUAGGCUGUAACAUAGCGCACAGUGAAGCCUUGAGAUUGUCCAUGUUUUUCCACAAUUUUGUUUCUCUCAAAUCUACAGACAACAAUUAAACGUCUUUCUUUUCUCCAUGCUCAGUGUGACACACAAUACAAAGGUUGAGUCAACUUUUCUCCAUUUUAACUGGUUGCAGGUGUGAUUACUAUAUUGCUCACACUUAUAUUGCCACAGGUGUGUCUAAAUACAAAUUACAGAAGCAUCACAUGCUUGAAAAGCAAUUAUUUCUUACAAUUUUCACAAAUUUUGUCCAGUUUGACUUUUCUUCUUGGUUAAGUUUUUUUUGUUUUUGUGUUGUCGCAGUGCAAAACCAAAAACAAUAAGCACGUGAAUACCUAAAUAUUUGCAAUUGGAACAAUUUUCUGAGAGAACUGCAAGGGUGCCUAAGACUUUAUGUGUAUAAAGACAAUCAUGCACUUUAGUAGGAAUCUUUUUUUAAAGAAACAUUUAUAAGCCUGAUGUGAUGUCAAAAUAAAACAGAUGGGGAAUUGUGGACAGAAAUCACAAACCCUUCAGUCCAUUUUUAGAUGGAUUGAAGCAGUAGGCUGAAAUAAAUUGGACAGCCAUUUUGCCACUUUGUCUAAUAGUGCCUGCAGCAACAGUGCGCAUUUCUGUGCAUUUGCAGCCUGUGCAUUUAGAGACAGUAAGUGGAGCAUCUUAUAAUAAUUCAACAAAACAAAACAACAACAGCAGCAGCAGAGAAGUGUUCAGAAGAGUUCCAGACCAAUAUGACACUUUCAGACUACAGAUUUGUUUCAUCUAGAAAACAUCAGUAAGAAAGAAGAGACGCUGAAUAAUAGUUGCAGUGUAUCCAGGCGCGCAUGGAUCCCUCGGCGUGUAUGGUGGGGUUUGAUGGAGGGAUCCAGCAGCUGUCCGGUGAAGACACAGUGAUCAUCUUACCUGCCGUUUUGAUAUCGAUCUGCGUGGUAGGAAUCGUGGGAAAUGUUUUGAUCCUGGUCGUACUGAUACGCAGUGUAAUGGUUAAAAAAUGUGUUUCUGGGAUUGUUGUAAUGCUUGUUAAUCUCAGCGGAGCAGACUUGCUGAUCCUCGCAGUGUGCAGCUCGACCCGUGCGGUCACUUAUCACAGUCGGACAUGGACACUUGGACAUUUCGCGUGCCGGACAGCAGAGUGGUUCCAGCACGGCUGUUUGGCAACAAAAUGUCUCACACUGGCAGUCAUGAGCCGAGCUCGAUAUGAGUUUGACUGUAAACCUCAGCUCAAGCUGAACAGAGUUCUCAUUGCUUCUGGAUCUAUAUGGGUUCUUGGGUUGACGCUUCCAGUCGUCGAGAUCGUUUUUUCAAAGUUGCAAGUGAAGGGGAACUUCAGUGUGUGUGUCACCGAAUUACCGAGACACCCCUCUGACUUCAUGCCUGUUUACAGUAAAAUGUACGUUUUGGUGGUCUAUGCGUUCCCGAUCAUCUUCUCCGCAGCGUGCCACGUGUGUGCCAUUUUCCGAAUGAAACCCGGCGACGGGGCGCGUGCGGCGCGCAGGACUGAGAGCCGCCUGGCGCUCCUGAGUGUCACUGCGGCGAACGCGGUUCUGCUGCUUCCCGAGUGGACAGUGUGGCUGUGGCUGCACCACCGUCCCCGUGAGACCUGCGAGCACCUGGCCGCGCUGGUGGUCCUCGGCCAGGUGUGCACGUACCUGACAAGCGCAUCGACUCCUGCCAUCCUCCUCAACAUGCUUAGCCCUCUCAGGGAAAACCUGACCUGGCUGAUGUGUCGGAGAGCAUCGAGGGAAGGGAAAAGGGAGCGGAGCUCCAAGGCGGCCUGUGCGCUGGACGAUGGCAUGGCGAUGAUACACACUGACGCACUUGGGAGACCUCUGCCUGACCUUGAGCAUUUUUGGACCAGCCGGAGGAACACAGUAGUUUCAGACAACACCAACCCGUUUCCCUGGGAAGGAAUGGGGCACUGCCACGUUGAACUCUGACAAGCAUUCAAGAAUAAAAAUAUAAAUAGCAAUAAUAUAAAAAGGUAUUAACUCUCUACUUAUAUACAGUCUUUAUACUGUACACACCUAUAUAUUAGAAUAAUUUAAAAAAUACAAGAAUAAAUGUGUAAAUAAAUUAAGUGUAAAUGAUUAAAUAUUCUGUCUGUUAUACUUAAAUGCAUGCAUUUAAAACAAAUGGUGCUGAAGUAUUAUGGUGAUGUUUGCUCAUGUGUCAAAUUUGAUGAGGGUUUAUGUGUGUAGUGUUUUAUAUCUUUGUGAUUGUCAGUGAACUGAUAGACAAUAUAAACAUUCCAGUAUUACAUGUAUUGUUUGCCAUAUUCUGUAACAAACUACGAUUUUUGUUUUAUUAUUAUUAUUAUUAUUAUUAUUAUUAUUAAGAGUGAUAUAUGUUUCUUCACAGAUAAACACUCAAAAAAAAAUAGACUUUGGAUUAACUUAAAAAAAUCAUGGAAAGUAUUUCCACAUGAUUACAUUUUUUAUUUUAAACACAAAGCCAUCAUUUUCAGCCAACUUGUAAUACUUAAGUUGGUUCAACUUAAUUUUUUAGUCUCCAUUAUACUUAUUUGCAAAGUUUCCUUCCAACUUUAUUUGCUUUAGCUGGGUUAACACAAUUUAUUGGUGUUGAUUCAACUUUUAUUUUCAUGUUUAGUUAUACUUAAUUUAUUUGUGAUGAUCUAACUCAAUUGUAUUAAGCAAUUAAAACUAGAGUUAAACAAGUUGGCCAAACAAAAUUAGGUAAUGCUGAAAGAGAGCCAUUGAAUCACAUGGAAAUACUUUCCAUGAUUGAUUUAAGUACAUUCUAAGUAAAGUAUUACAUUUGAAUUUACAUUAAAAGCUUUACGCACAAAGUCUACUUGGUGUUAAGUGUAGAAAUAUGAACACAAAUCCACUGGUCAUCAAGUUUAAUUAACAAAGGGCAAUGAGUCACAUAAGUGCACACCAUUCUUUGCACAAAGUUGUUGGUUUUGUAACAUUUUUACAUUACAAAUUUUUUUAAAACAUGAAACAUAGUAC